CAACACCCAAAAGUCAAGCAAGGCAGGCGUAACAACAGUAAGUGUACAAUCGUCGCCAGAACAGCAAAGCGCGCACAAACACGAAGAAGCACGUUGCUGAAGGAUGGAGAGACAGAGCAAAAGCACCAGCAAUGGUGGGGGUGUUGGUGGUGGGCUGCGGAAGGUGUGGAGGUUCCCUGUUCGGACAGCUGGGGUGGCAGCAACAGAGGAUGCGCACUGGACGCUCACGUCUGACAUGCAGCACUCCUUUCACACCGUCGUGGAAUCCCUCAGCCCGCUCAUGGACCGGUGCAAGAAGCGGUGUGAGACGACGAAGCGUGCUGGUCGGGUGGAUGCGUUCCAGAUCAUGGCUGCCCGGGUUCUGAGCUUGGCGGACCACGUGCGCGUGACGUUCUCCUUGGUCAGCGCCAUGGCGCGCGAGCUGCUGGAGAUGGAGGAGCAAGCGGCGUGCACGGAUCCAGGUGAGCGCCCAUAUCCGCACCCACCAGCGACGCCCCGCACUGCGCUGCGUGCGCACGAUCCUGACGCGGCGGCACGGCGCCGACAAAACCUUGGCUGGCACUACGUGGACGACAUGCACUACGACCAGGGCAUGAUGAAGGCGCGCAUGUCCCUCGCGGAACUCAACCGAAUGCGUGCAAAGGAGAUUCGGUUGGCGUAUGUGUGCGGGUUUCGAGAUGCGCUCAAGCAACUGCUGGAAUGGACGCGCAAGCACACACACGACACAGGUGUGGUGUCGGCCAAGACAUUGUAUGCACACUUGGUUGAAGCGGCAACAACGGAGAACGCGGCCCACGAAGAUGACAUGGACUUGAGCGCGCUAUCAAGUAAGCUUACGGAGGCGUCAAAGCUGGAUCCCGGGAUGGGCCUGCUCGGCACGCUGACGAUGGAUACGUGUGGCGACAGCGCACUGCUGCCAGCACACCCACCGGCGCGUGCAAUCCAACCAGACCUCACAGCACAGAGGAAGGGCACGUUUGCCAACUUUCUGCGGAGGAGGCGGCAGGCGGCCCAGGACGGCAACAGCACACGCCACGCACACCCUCGUGUUCUCCAAGACUCCGUGCCCAGGAAGCACGGCGCCCCCACCACAUCAAACACGCCAACAGCUGCAUCGCCCGUGGGAAAGGCAACGCUGAGCCAAACAGCAAGCAAUGACCGUAAGCAAAACACACGGUCCCCUGCCCACCACAACAACACCACCACUACUCUAGCAUCAAUGCAGCACCAGCUGCAGCAGCAGCAGUCAGUGCAGAUGCCAGGCGAUGCUUCUUCGCGUGUGGGUGCGGGCAGGGACAGGCUGAAGCUCAAGCGCGAGCCAAAGGGGGACUGGAGCAGCGACGAUGACGAUGAGGAGGAUUCGGAAAACGCGCCGAAACAGUGGAGUGGUGACGUGAUGCGUGGCGGUGACCAGGAAUCUCUUGUGCGUGUUGCCCACAAGCAACGCAAGAUGCGUGUACCCAACAAGCACACGUGACAGGAACAGCAGUGUGGUUGUGGGGAUUGCACCGCGACUGGCUUCACAGGACAGGCACAAGGCUACAACGUGACGUGUAUGUGUGUGUGUGUGUGUGUGUGUGUGUGUGUGUGUGUGCAGGGUGAGGGAUGUUUGUCUUUUUCUAACUGAAACUGUACGAUAAUUAAAGUCGUUGAUGUGACAAGUGAUGACGUGA